AUGGCGACCAUUACUCGAGUCCGAACUCAGACCGAGACGGUCUUGCCCAAGAGCCUCUCGGUAAAGGCAAACCAGAUCACCGUCGACGAGUUCUCGACGGUCAAUGCUUCAGAUAUUCCCCUUCCACCUCCAUCUAAGAUCCCAACCGAAAUCCUCAGCCAAGACAAAGGAACACCGGAUAGUCAUGUACCACGAGAUCCCCGGCUCAUCAGACUGACUGGCGUCCACCCAUUCAAUGUCGAACCUCCUCUCACAGCUCUAUUCAACGAAGGCUUCCUGACAUCGCCGGAACUGUUCUAUGUCAGAAACCAUGGGCCAGUCCCCCUGGUAAGAGAUGAAGAUAUCCCGAACUGGGAGAUAAGCAUUGAAGGACUAGUCGAACGGCCGGUUGUUUUGAACUUUCGCCAAAUUCUGCAGCAGUUCAACCAGAUCACAGCACCCAUCACGCUUGUGUGCGCCGGCAACAGACGAAAAGAACAAAACACGGUCCGGAAAUCGAAAGGUUUCUCAUGGGGCGCAGCUGGUCUGUCCACGGCUCUCUUCACUGGGCCAUUGAUGGCAGAUGUCCUGCGGUAUGCGAAGCCAUUGCGACGGGCGAAAUAUGUCUGUAUGGAGGGGGCAGACAAGCUUCCAAAUGGCCACUAUGGCACAUCAGUCAAGCUCAACUGGGCCAUGGACCCCAAUAGGUUGAUUAUGCUUGCGCACAAAAUGAACGGCGAGCCUCUUCGCCCUGAUCAUGGUCGGCCUCUGAGAGCCGUUGUUCCAGGUCAGAUCGGAGGUCGAAGCGUGAAGUGGAUUAAGAAGUUGAUCUUGACCGAUGCGCCCAGUGAUAACUGGUACCAUAUCUAUGAUAACCGGGUGUUACCGACAAUGGUCGCCCCCGAGAUGGCCGCGCAAGAGCCAAUGUGGUGGCGUGACGAACGAUAUGCUAUUUACGACCUUAAUAUGAACUCCGCUGCUGUAUACCCCCAGCAUAAUGAGGUCCUGGAUCUCGCGACGGCUGGACCGUCGUAUACUGUCAAGGGAUAUGCAUAUGCUGGAGGUGGCCGGAGAGUAAACAGGGUAGAAAUCUCUCUCGAUAAGGGCAAAUCAUGGCGUUUGGCAGAUAUACAGUAUGCCGAGGACAAGUACCGCGACUUCGAAGGCGAGUUAUUUGGUGGUAAAGUCGACAUGGCCUGGCGUGAAACCUCUUUCUGCUGGUGCUUCUGGUCUCUCAGCAUUCCGAUAAUUGAUCUGGAAGCAAGCGAUGCCAUCCUUGUGAGAGGGAUGGAUGAGGCGUUGAGCAUCCAGCCUCGCGACAUGUAUUGGUCGGUACUCGGGAUGAUGAACAACCCAUGGUUUCGAGUCACGAUCACCAAGGAGAAUGGAACUUUGGUAUUUGAGCAUCCAACGCAUCCAGUCAUGGCUGGCGGCUGGAUGGAGCGCGUUAAAAAGGCUGGAGGAGAUCUGACCAACGGUAACUGGGGCGAGAAGAUUGAAGGUGAGACAGAGGUCGGACCGGAGCCCGUAAAAGAGAUCAACAUGAAGAAGGCAGGGCUAGAUCGAAUCAUCAGCCUAGAUGAGUUCACAAGUCACAACGAGAGGGGAGAGCAUUGGUUCGUUGUGAACGGGGAAGUGUAUGACGGCAAGCCAUUCCUCGACGGUCAUCCUGGAGGGGCCCAGAGUAUCAUCUCCUCUGUGGGACUAGACGUUUCCGAGGACUUCAACGAAAUCCAUAGCGAGACGGCAAAAGCAAUGAUGCCUGAAUAUCACAUUGGUACAAUGGACCCCGCAUCGCUAGAAGCACUCAAGCAAGCGGGCAAGGAGGAAGUACCAAGCGAGCCUCGCGCAGUCUUCCUUCAACCGCGAUCAUGGACGAAGGCACGACUCUCGGCGAAGCAUGACGUAUCCUGGGAUACACGGAUCUUCACUUUCGACCUGGAACAUGGAGAGCAGACACUAGGUCUGCCUAUCGGACAGCAUCUAAUGAUCAAGGUGCCUGAUUCUAGCACAAAAGAAGCAGUUAUCCGAUCCUAUACUCCACUCUCUGAUCCCAGUAAAAAGGGAUCUGUCGACGUGCUGAUCAAAAUCUACUUUGCGACGCCCACCGUACCAGGGGGGAAGAUGACCAUGGCUUUGGACCAACUUCCCUUGGGCUCGAUGGUCGAGUGUAAAGGCCCGACGGGCCGAUUUGAGUACCUCGGAAAUGGCCGAGUUCUCAUCAGUGGCAAGGAGCGACAUGUGCGUUCUUUCAAAAUGAUAUGCGGUGGGACAGGAAUCACCCCGAUAUUCCAAGUUCUGCGUGCGGUGAUGCAAGAUCAGCAAGAUCCCACGUCGUGUGUUGUGCUUGACGGAAAUCGACAGGAGGAGGACAUUCUAUGUCGAUCCGAGCUGGACCAGUUUGAAGCCUCAAACAAGGAAAGGUGCACGAUUAUACACACAUUGACCAAAGCACCCGAGACUUGGGCUGGUAACCGAGGACGCAUUGCCGAAGCUCUACUGAGAGAGUAUGCAUCACCCGACGAGGAGAGCAUGGUACUCAUCUGUGGGCCCGAGCCCAUGGAGAAAUCGGCUAAGACAAUCCUUCUGGCUCAGGGCUGGGAGGAGUCGAAUCUUCAUUUCUUUUAG